GCACGUCACGGGCGUCACGUUGGUUCUUCGGUGACAAUAUGGCAUAGUCAAGCAUGUGUGGUAUCAUAUGCGCGAUUUCUUGGUGGGAAGCGAUACUGUUGAGGUUUUCCUCAAGAACGCGCUAUAGGACGCAGGCCUAAGUCAAGUGCGUUAGAAGAAAGUCACUUACUUGCUUCUUAUUACCGCGAGUGCUGUCUUGGCCUGCGGGACACUUUUCGUCUCACCUGCGUGCGCGCAUUGAACAGUUCAAGUGCUGAAGACGUUAGACUGUUCGAGCCAAAAGGUGUACCUGACGGUUGAUUUCCUUGUGAAGCAGUGGAAUCCGAAUAGUGCAAUUAUGUAGAUAAGAAGUGAAGAUUGUGGAUAACUCAAGUGUGAUGCUUAGAUUGGAUAAGUGCAUUGUGGUGAUUUAUGUGAAAUUCGAUGUUUACUUUGAGGAACUAAAUUUCUUCGAACUUGGUAGGUCGUUUCUAUUUCGCAUUUUCACCGUACCCAUACGCACACGUUGGAAUUCCUUAGGGAUACGCAGGAUAAAUGACAUACACCACCCCCGCUAACGCUAGGGCAUCGUUCAAAACGUAUAGGAUAUAUCGAAAUUGACGGGGACAGCGAAGACGACAAAAUCCACCAGUGAGAAAUAAAAUAAAUAAAAGAAAUGCUAAAGAACUGCUUUCUCGGGAUACUAGUCAUCCAUUUUGGGCUCAGUCCCAAUCACAAUCAUCCUAGCCACACAGCCGAGGCUUUCACGCAACCAACUAUCUUCGAUGACUUGAACUAUCGCUCGCUUUUCCAUGCCUUUCGAAAUUACGUUUUCCGCAGUGUGGGACGGACAAGCGAGAAAACCUUCGGAUACUUCCUGCAAAAACCGUUUCUAGAUAGUGAGCCAUUUCCCUGCGGAUUGAAUAAUUCCAGAAGUCCAGAAAUUCCGACCAAUGUCCAUAAAUUACGACCAGGUGACAUUGAUGUGAUAGCCGCAAUGGGCGAUUCCCUGACAGCCGCAUCCGGAGCCAACUCCAAUUCGUUUUCGGAUCUCUUCAUGGAGAACCGGGGCCUCUCCUGGAGUAUCGGUGGCCAAUAUAAUUGGCGUAAUGUAACGACGCUUCCCAACAUAUUGAAAGUGUUCAACCCCAAGCUUGUGGGUUACUCGCGUAAUGAUGCUUUUCCCUUUCACAAGGACUCGCAAUUCAAUGUGGCGGAAAUUGGUGCCGUCUCUGCAGAUCUUCCGUUUAUGGCUGAAGUGCUGGUACGCCGCAUUAGGAGGGACCGACGAGUCAAUUUCAAGAAGAAUUGGAAGAUGUUGACGAUAUGCAUGGGUGGCAAUGAUUUUUGUACAUUUGCCUGCACAUUGAAGAAUCCAGAGAUUCUGCCGAAGUUACAUCGAGAAAAUUUGCUGAAAGCGCUGCGGUAUAUCAGGGAUAACAUGCCAAGGACAUUUGUCAACGUAGUUACGGAGCCAUCGCCGCACAACGUCGUAACAAGAAAAACGAAUUCAAGAUUCUGCAAAAUGAUUAAUCGUAUGGAGUGCUCUUGUUUUAUUGGUAAAUUGUAUAACCCAACCGAGGAAACAAUAGAAAGAUACCGUCGAAUUCACGAGGAAUUCUCCCGCGUCGAAGAGGAGGUUUCGCAGGAUCCUGAAUUCCGUGGCCUGAAAGAAUUCGCGGUCGUCUUCCAACCGCUGACUCGAAACUUCUCGAUGGAAACGGAAGAUGCUAAAGUCGAUUAUUCCCUGUUGGCGUACGACUGCUUCCAUAUGAGUCAAAAAGGAAAUGCGUGGGCUGGAACAACCCUUUGGAAUAGCUUAUUUCAACGAGUUGGCGAAAAAGAUGUAACGUGGAUGUCACCCCAUAAAAAGUUCCUGUGUCCAACGAAAGAGAAUCCUUACAUUCUCACCUAUGACAAUAUGUUCCCGUAAGGCCAAUGGCGCAUCCUGUGUUGAAUGUCUAAUAGAAUCGAGUAGCAAAAAUCCUAGUAGGUAAUGAAAAAAGCAGUCAUGUAGCGCCACAUCGUUUUGAAACUUUAUGAAACUUGUCUAAAUGUAUGUCAGCGUAAGCAAUGUGUCUGCGAAUUCCAUGGUGCCAUCCCAGUUUUAACCAAGCAGAAAAUUACAAAACGUCUUUAGUUGUAGUGAGUGCUGUUUAGAAGGAGAUUGUCUUGAACAUAGUCGAAAGGGUAUUUCUGCUAGAUAGAUAUUCCUAUCUUUUUCAAAAUUGUAGUAUCUAAACCAAUAGGUCGGCCGAUAGUCAAGCUUUACCAAAUUUCAACCUGGGCUUCAUAUCCCAAAGUUUAUCUUAUUAUUUUCUUGAAAAUCUGCACUGAAAUCAUGACAAACAUUUUUAAGGAGAACCGAAUCAAGGAUAACUUCCUUGUGACACUGACUAUCCAGACACUUUCGACGCUACCUUUCCGUUGUUCAUAUAAACACAUUUGAGCCGGCAAAGUCCUCCACGGUAUUGCCCCGCAUAUGAGUUUGAAGAAGUCUUUGUUUACAUAGAAAGCAUUAUAUCUGGUACUUAAGCCUGUAACGAGUGGAAGGAUUAAUUCUUAAGUUUGCACGAGAAAUAUAACGAAAUAAAUAGCGAGUACUCAGGAGAACAAGGGUGGGCACAAAAAAACGUGUAAUGACUCUUUUGGGGGUAAUUGUCUGAUAUUAAGUUUCACUGGAAAUUCAAGUGUCUUUAGCCAGUAAAACACUUUAAUAUAUGUUUAGGUAAUUGUAGACUUUUUGUAGGUGACUAAUUAUGAUUAAAGAAAACCCUCUGUAAUUUCAAUUGUAGAGGUAAAAGGGAUGUAGGAAUGCUAUCAUGAGCAAAUUAGGGUGUAAAUGUUUACGCUUUUAGAAUUUAAGGGGAACACAAUAUUCCGAAUCUUCCAAAUGGCUUUAGUUUUAAGGAAUUCAGACGAGCAUUUAUAGUUUCUAUUGUGUGAUAUUUAUAUAUCUAAAAUUACAACAUAAGAUGAA